AGUGACGUGGGUCUUGACAUUGAAAAAGGCAUCUCAUUCAGGGAGCAUGUUUCUCUGUCUGUUGAAGGCUUGACAUGCACCGGCUGCGAGACGAAGCUUUACAAAGCGUUGCAUGACAUCCGCGGCGUUAGCAACCUUCACACCAGCUUAGUGUUGUCGCAAGCGGAGUUCGAUCUUGAUGAGCAAGCCUGCCCGGUUGACGACCUUGUUAAGGCCGUUGAGAAGGCAACCGGGUUCUCUUGCCAGCGCUUGAGCAGUACCGGGCAAGAUCUGGACUUGAUUGUUAAUGCUGAUGCAAAGGCGUUUGUCGAGCGGAAAUACCCCGUCGGGAUCGCGCUGAUGAGCGUCCUCGGCCCUCGUGAGAUCCGCGUUACCUUCGAUCCGACGAUCAUCGGGGCACGAGCGGUUCUUGAAGCUGCCUUUGGGAGCGAACUGAAGCUCUCUGCGCGUCGGACGACUUCCGACCUUGAGACGGGACAGAAACAUGUGCGGCGUACGGCUUGGGUUACACUGCUCUCCGCCGUCCUCACGAUACCCGUCCUCGUGCUGGCCUGGGCCCCUCUCGAUCCCCGUCCGGUCGUUUACGGCGCCGUCUCGCUGGCCCUUGCUACUGCAGUACAGUUUCUGGUUGCCGGCCAAUUCUACGUCAGCGCUUUGAGAGCUCUGAUUUUCACAAGGACAAUGGAGAUGGAUCUCCUCGUUGUACUCAGCACCACGACCGCCUACCUGUGUUCUGUCGUCUCUUUCGCAUUCGCAGUCAGGGGCCGCCCGCUACCUAUUGGAGAGUUCUUCGAGACAAGCACAUUGCUUGUCACUUUGAUUAUGCUAGGCCGAUUGGUCAGCGCUUUCGCCAGGCAGAAAGCAGUGGCGGCCGUCUCUGUCCGGUCACUCCAACGCCAAACUGCCGUCCUCUGCGAUCAGGACGGCGGCAAUUCACGGGAAAUAGAUGCGCGCCUCCUGCAGUACGGAGAUCUUUUCAGAGUAGACCCCGACUCAAGAAUUGUGACUGACGGCGUUGUUGUUAUUGGCGCAACUGAAGUUGACGAAAGCGUGGUAACUGGAGAGGCUCUUUCUAUUGACAAGCGCCCCGGCUCACUGGUUGUCGCUGGCUCCACCAACGGAUCCGGCGUCAUUGUCGUUCGUCUCACAAACCUACCUGGAAACAAUACAAUCAGCACGAUUGCAGCCAUGGUGGACGAGGCCAAGUUCCAAAAGGCGAAAACACAGGAACUAGUCGACCUCAUUGCGAGCUGGUUCGUGCCCGUUGUCCUCGUUCUCGCCACAGCGACUUUCUUGGUCUGGAUUGCAAUUGGCAUUGCCGUCCGCCAUCAGGGUGCUGGUACCUCGGUCGUCAACGCGAUCACUUACGGCGUGUCUGUGCUAAUCGUUUCCUGCCCGUGUGCGAUCGGCCUCUGCGUCCCAAUGGUCAUUGUGGUUGGCGGGGGCGCGGCCGCGAAGCACGGGAUCAUCGUUAAGUCGGCUACUGUUUAUGAGAAUGGUCGCAAAGUCUCACAUGUUGCUUUCGACAAGACUGGCACUCUUACGGAAGGCAAGCUCCAGGUCGCGGACGAGGCCGUCUUGGCGCCAGACGAACAACUCGCCUUGUCUGUCACCCUUGGCUUGGUGGAUAUUAGCAAGCACCCUGUCUCGGCGGCUAUCACGUCUCAUAUGAAAGCUAGAGGCGUUCGAGCCGCCACUUUGACAGGCGUGCGAUCGAUCGCUGGCAAAGGAAUUGAAGGCACUUAUAACGGCGAUCCAGUGCGUUGUGGCAAUUCUCGCUUUUUAUCACUCGAAGACCUGCCGGAAGUCCAACGUCUCCUCAGCAAAGGCUUGACGGUCUUUUGCGUCACCAUCAAGCACAAACCCAUGUGCGUUUUCGGCCUGUCAGACCGUGUGCGUCCUGAGACCAACCUCGUCCUGGCUGAACUGAAGAAUCGCAAGAUCGCCAUCUCACUCCUCAGCGGCGACGACGCAGGUGCUACGGAGUCACUGGCCGCUCAACUCGGUGUCCCUCUGAGCAACGUGCGGUCCCGCUGCUCGCCGGCGGACAAGCAGAAGUACCUCAAGGGUCUCGUAAGGGGGAAGCACGACCGCAUUGUUUUCUGCGGCGACGGCACGAACGACGCCGUCGCGCUCGCCCAGGCCGAUAUUGGCGUUCACAUGAGCACUGGUAGCGAGAUCGCGCGGACGGCCGCGGAUGUCGUGCUCCUGCGGCCUUCCCUCAACGGCUUGCUAGUGCUGCUGGAUCUUUCCCACGCGGCGAUGCACCGCGUGUACCUUAACUUUGCGUGGUCGUUCGUUUAUAACCUGUUUGCGAUACUACUGGCUGCGGGUGCUUUUGUACACGCACGCAUUGCGCCGCAGUAUGCUGGACUUGGGGAGAUUGUCAGUGUGUUGCCUGUUAUUUUGGUGGCGCUGCAGUUGAGGUUC